AUGGGUCACCAUUCCUGCUGCAACCAACAGAAGGUUAAAAGAGGACUUUGGUCUCCUGAGGAAGAUGAAAAACUCAUCAGAUACAUUACAACUCAUGGAUACGGCUGUUGGAGUGAAGUUCCAGAAAAAGCUGGGCUUCAAAGGUGUGGCAAGAGUUGUCGCUUGAGAUGGAUUAAUUAUUUGAGACCUGAUAUAAGAAGAGGCAGGUUUACACCUGAGGAGGAAAAGUUAAUUAUAAGCCUUCACGGGGUCGUAGGCAACAGAUGGGCUCACAUUGCAAGUCACUUGCCAGGUCGAACUGACAAUGAAAUAAAGAACUAUUGGAACUCAUGGAUAAAAAAGAAAAUAAGAAAGACUUCAGUGUCUUCAACCACUAUUGCACAAAGCAUCGAUCACAAUUCUUCCCAGUUCAACUACAAUUCCAAUCUACUAGGCCACUUUUCUUCCAACCUAGAUAAUCUACAAACAAAACCACAAGUUCAAGAAACCUUGUUUUCCUCAACAUGCCCUCUGUUCAUGUUUGACACAACUUCACUAGAAGGCACAGCAACAGACUGCAAUAGUGUGCGAGCAGAACAUUUUCAAGAUGCUGUAGGUUUGAGCACUGAAACAUGGAACCUGAGCCACCAUCAUGUUCAGACGACACUGCCUCCUCUCACAGUGACUGUAGGCUUGGACACCACAAAUUAUUUGCCACCAUUGAUCGAGAACGUGGACAACAUGGUCCCAGUUGAGGUACAAACAUGUACCAUGGACGACCAAGGAGAUAUAGCACUAGAGUGCUUGCAGAGGCAAGGGUUAAAUGAAUGGGUGGAAACGCAGCAACAAUGUCCCAACUUUCUUUUCUGGGACAGUAUUGGUGGGGAAGAACUAGCACCAAAUUCAGCAAAUGUGGACGCUAACACACUUUCUCCUUUUCCUUCUUCUUUGUGA